AUGAACGCAGCCAAGUCCGGCGGCCGCAUGCUCGCGCGGCGCGGCGGCGCCCCGUUCCCCUGCCGCGGUGCCGCGUCCGCCGUGCCCGCGGCCGCCGCAACGACGCCCCAGCAGGUCUCCCACUACCUCGCGAGCAGCCCGAGGGUGACCUGGGAGGCGCUCUCCGCCUCGUUCCCCGCCGCCGCGGCGCCCGAGGGGCACGUCGACGCCGUGCUCCUCUCCCUCGCCAGGAACCCCAGCCCCUCCUCCGCCGAGACCAUCGCCAAGAACGCGCACAGCUUCUUCCACUGGUCCGCCGCCGCCUCGUCGCCGUCCCCCCACUCGCUCCGCUCCUACUGCCUCCUCGUCCACCUCCUCGCCCGCGCGGCCCUCAUCAGCCACGCCUCCGUCCUCCUCCAGUCCGCCAUCACCAGGCACUCCUCCUCGCCCGCUUCGCACUUCCUGGACGCCUUCUUCGCGGCCUACGAGGACAGCGGCACCGCCGCGACCACCCGCGGCCUCCACCUCCUGGUGCACGCCUACGCGCAGCUCCGCCUCCCGGAGGAGGCCCUCGAGGCCUGCCGGUACCUGGCGCUCCGCCGCGUGCUCCCCUCCCUCUCCGCCUUCAACGCCGUGCUGCACGCGGCGCAGCGCACCGGCCGGUUCCGGGUCGCCUGGGAGGUGUUCGAGCUAAUGACGCUCAAGCGGGUGUACGCCAGCCAGGCCACCAUCGAGCUUGUCGUCGGCGUGCUGAGCCGGGAGGGCGCACUUGCCAGGAUGGCGGCCCUCGUGGAGAGGAUCCACGGCAAGAAGUGCGCGCCGGGCGUCGUGGCGCACGUCGCGCUAGCGCUGUGGAUCUUCGAGGAGGGGAGGACCGAGGAAGGGAUCUUGCUCCUCAGGAGGAUGCUGCAGAGGAACAUGGUGUUCGAUGGCGUUGCUUACUCGCUGAUGGUGCAUGCCCACUGUCGUACUGGUGAUCUGGAGUCGGCACAAGAGCAGUGGGACGACAUGGUCCGACGAGGCUGUCGCCUGAACCCAUUUGUGUAUACUUGCCUCAUCGGAGUACAUUGCCGUGAAGGCAAUGUCAGUGAGGCCAUGCGGUUGCUGCAAGAAAUGCUGUCCAGGGGGUUGAAGCCGUAUGAUGCUACAUACAGUCACCUAGUCACCGGGUGUUUUAGACAUGAGAGGACAGAUGAGGGGUCGGAGUACUUUGACAAGAUGCUCCAUGAAGGCCUUGUGCCGGACAUUGGGACUUGCAAUGAGAUCUUAGAGGCGAUGUGUGGUGCUGGACAGGUCGGCAAGGCGAACGAGUUGGUGACGGCAAUGAUCGACAAAGGAACUAUUCCUGGUCAGGAUACAUACCGUAAGCUCAUUGAUGGGUACGGCAAGGUUGGUGAUGCGGAAGGUGUUGUCAAGAUUUAUUAUGAGAUGGAGCACAGGGGACUUAACCAUGGCAUCGAAGUUUUUACCUCCCUGAUCAGUGGCCUGUGCCGGUGUGGGAAUCCAAAGGAAGCUGAGAAAUUUGUGUCCGUGAUGGAAAGGAAAUCGCUGGCUCCGACUAGUGACAUAGGCGAUAUGCUGAUCAGCAGUUACUGUGAGAAGGGCAACACUAAGAGCGCACUUCGGUUAUAUGACAGGAUGACUGCACAGAGCGAGAAGCUAAUCCCCUCUGCGGAUACGUUUAUGAUGUUGGUGAGAAGAGUCAUCAAAGUAAAGACAUAGUUCCCGUAAUACCUGAUCUUGCAGUUAGAUGUUUUGUGUUUGAUGGGUGAAAAGCUAAAGGGGGCUGAAGGAUAGGCGAAGGUAAAGAAGGAGAAGGUGGCUAUUGGAUGUAAUAAAGUCUUAUAUUAUGGGACGGAUGGAGUAUACUCUACAUAUUGCACUUAUUGUACCUUUGCAAAGGCAAUUGUAAAAGUAGGCUAGCCAACAGCGAACCACCACAAGGCUGCUGAAAAUAAAAGGACAUGUGAGGAGAAAUUAAGACCUCCCUAACUCCCGAGAACAUGAAACCUGCCCUGCGAGUGAGGGGAGGAAUUACAAGAGAAUCCAUUUUUCUUUUCUCGCCUUGUAAGGCGAACAAUCUGAGAUUCUAGUUGGAUACAUGUUAUUUUCUGCUUGUGUGCAAGUGGAUGAGGCCAACCUACGAUGCAGAUCAAAACCAAAUGCCGCAUCCCUUGGAGUCCAGACAAGAUUAUUGCAAACAUAACUACUCUAUGAGUGUAUAUGCUGCUCCUAGGACCUUUUCAAUGCAAAAUGGAUCACUGGAUUUCUGCUUGCCUGUUACUGCAUGGAUUUGUUCUUCUGUGAAGCACUAAUGAACUGAGCAGGAACCAGUAAAUGGUUCUGGUAUAUGACCCAACAUCACACCUCAGCGGCACACAGUUUUUAUCGUGUUGGUUUUCUACUGCAGCAACCAAUGGAUCUGCUAUGCAGAAGACACAGAAAAUUAGGCUGAUCGUGCUCCGGUGGCCUCGGUGCUAAGCGAGGGGGAUCCAGCCGGGCAGGGGAGCGCCUUGCGGGAACUUGCGCGCAGGAGGGGAGGGCAGGCCGUGGCAUGCUCUGCAAGGACACGUGGGGCCUGAUGGCUUCAGUGGGUCCACAUGCCAUCUAUGCCACAUAACCUGAGUCAAGAUAGGGACCAUUCUUUGAAUGUAUUUGAGUCACCAUGGUCUGUAGGGGCAGGCUAGCUUGAUUACGACUUGGUACAAAUUUCCAAAAAGAGCUGCCAGCUCCCAUUGACCGACUCCAGAAACCAGAUGCAUGACCGGUAACAUUGUGGCAGAGGAUUGCCACUCCAUACAUAUGAUAUCUCAAGCCUAGCCUUGCUCCUCCCCAUCACCACAUGUAUGAACAGCAAUAUUCUCUCAUGAACAUUGCGUCCAAAACCAUGUUCCAGAUGUGCAUCAUGGUGGCCUCCCUUCUCAUCGCCUCAGGGGAUGUUGCGGCUGCUAGACAACAACAUGCUCUAAUGAGAGGCUUCGUUUUGCUGCGGAUGCUUGUGAUAGCCAACCUCUGGAUAAUAUGCAGCGGCAGUGUUCAGAAACAAGUUCUCCUGCCAGGGUUCAGUGCCUCCGAAAAUGAUUACAUCCAUAAUAAUGCAAUUUUUCUGGUGUCCAAUGGCACUGUAUAUGGCUUGGGCUUUGUGUCCAGUAGUGCAUCAGCGAGCAACUCCUCCUAUCUUCUCUCAGUGGUGCACCUACCCUCCUAUACUGUCAUCUGGACUGCCAAUGCUAACUCUCCUGUUUCUAGUAUGGAUACCUUUGUGUUCGACAAGGAUGGUAAUGCCUACCUGUGGUCUCAAGGCUCCACCAUCUGGACUGCCAAUCUCUCCGGCAAGGGCGCCUCUAUUCGGCUGCUGGACUCUGGCAAUCUUAUAGUGCUCGGCAAAGACGGCUCUUCUCUUGUAUGGCAGAGUUUCAGCUAUCCAGCGAACACACUUGUGUCUGGCCAGAGCUUCACUGAUGGGAUGACACUUGUGAGGCAGUCCAGCACACACAACAUUAGUUAUACACUUGGGAUCACAUCAGGGGACAUGAGGUUGUACGCAGGCUUCCAGAACCCCCAACCUUACUGGUCUGCGCUGCAGGAUACAAGGUUGAUCGUGAACAUGGAUGGAGCCAUUUACUCUUCAAACCUCAGUUCAGCUUCGUGGUGCUUCUAUGAUAAAUCAGGGUCUCUUCUAUCAGAGCUUGUCAUUGCGCAGCAGGGUGAUGCCAAUGACACGUUGAUUGCUGUCCUCGGCGAGGAUGGAUCCCUUUCCUUCUACAUCCUACAGACUACCUAUGACACAAACACGACUGCUCUCCCAACCCCAAUCCCGGAGGACUCAUGUGACAUGCCAGCCGAGUGCAGCGUUUGCAUUAGUGGAGCAGGAUGCCAGUGCCCGUCAGCACUUGGCACCUUUCCAAACUGCAACCCCGGUCUCAUAUCACCAUGUAACUCAAAAGAGGACUUUCAGCUAGCUCAAGUCGAUAGUGGAGUUGGGUAUAUUGGCACUAGGUUCACCCCGCCCUUGGCUAGAACAAACAUCACAGGAUGCAAGGACAGAUGCAUGAGCAAUUGCUCGUGCAUUGCCAUGUUCUUUGAGCAAACUUCAGGCAAUUGCUUCCUUUUCAACCAGAUCGGUAGUUUGCGCGAGAAAGAUAGAAGGGAACCUGCUUCUGUAUCUUUCAUCAAGGUAUCUAAAGU